AUGGCCGAUUUGGAUGUUGCUAGCCACUAUAACCUGCCCUCGGAAUUCCCAGAAGAAUGGCCGGCAGCGUUGGAUGAGGCCGAUCAGUCUGAUGAGGAGCCCACCCAACAGUCUAAGUCCCGACCCCGCAAGUCGCGAUACUUCGCACUAGAGCGUACCCCGAGCGACUGGAGGAGCAACUUUGGGUCUCGGAGAGGCAAGGAUGCCAGGGAAAAGCCACAGAACGAUGAGCCUGAUCCAUUGGGAGCCGGGGACAGCAUCUUGCGCAUUUUGAAAAGUCGGGGGUUGCGCUUGGAGGAGGAGGGGGGAAGCUCCAUUGACGAAAAGUCAGCAUCCCUGAAGGUGCUUGUUGAGGCGAACUUCGAGCGUUUUGUGCGCGCGAAAGCGACUAUUGAUAGUGUCUACACGGAAAUGCGGGACCAGGGAGUCGUCAAGGAGCAAAGCCUGGCCCCUCGCAGGUCAGGGCACUUUCGAAGCUACUCUGGCCAGCACCGGAGCGUGUCCCCCUCCCCCAUAUCAUCACCAUCUGGCGUGCCAAAGAAAACCGCCCUAACCAAGGAGAGCGAAUAUGGUAUGAAGGGAAUCCGAGGCCCGCUGGUCGAGGCCUCUGUCAAAGCAGAAGAAGUUUGGGGACCUGCUCUUGGAGGGCGAGAUAGAGAACAGAUACUCAAAUCCGUCGUGGAAACCAUGGAGAAAAACCGCGAUGUAUAUGAGAUUGGGGGCCUCUUGUCAAAGUCCAUCCAGCAGCGAGAUUACGACUCGGUUUUUGAACAAUAUACCAAGGCAAGAACACUGGCAAACCGGGCGAAAACCAUUGUGGAGCUAGCUUCUAGUUCUCGUCGACAAUUGACCGAUUUUGAAACACAUUCAAUUCUCGCCAUGGGCAAAAUGUGGAUGGAUGUUGACCAGCAAAUCCAGAAUUUCAAACGCGAUCUCUGGAGACGUCUCGGCGACGCACCGACGACCUCUACGACAAGCACUGCCUCGGGCCCAAUCGAAGAGCAUAUGGAGUUAAUUGGCGCGUUGUUAGAACUGGGUGUUGAAAAUAACCCCAUCUGGACAUGGCUUCUUUCUCGAUACGAGUUCCUCAAAACAAAAAUCACGUCGUUCUGCGAACGAUGCAAGGUGGAAAUUGAGAUCUUGAGGAGAAGGCUUGCUGGAGGCGAAAAGCCAACGCCUCAGGUCACGGCGUCUUACCUACGUCUUGCGCCCCGUGAUGGAGCAGCUGAGGUUCCAGAAAGAUUGGACUCGGACCAGGUCAUUGAGUUGUGGGAUUGUAUUCAGGCAUUUCUCACUCGGCUCCUAUCUUCGCAAAGUGGUCUACUAGGCGAAGUGCUAGACUUCUGGGAAGUGGCACAAUCUUUCAUUGAUGGCAGCCGACAACGGCUUCUCCCUGCUGGAUUUGAAGGCGAGAGCCGCAAGCACCAUCGAUUGACUGCCGAGAAUGUCCAGGAGCUUGAGAGGGGCGCUGUAGAGUUGGUGAAUCUCAUCCGUGAAAACGUUCUGAGUCUCUUCAACGAGCCUCCAACGGAUGAUAUCUCGCUCCUUUCAUCCCCGAUCCCGGCCAGUCCGACAAGCCCAGCGUCAAGAGGGAUCACUCCGACUGAGUCCCGGUUUAAAUUAGACCCAAAGAACUUACCAAUCCCGGUACCUAAACGCGGCGAGCACUGGGAAGGCUUUGCAUUCUGGCCACCCUUUUCCAACUCACUCAGCGGUGUUCACUACCUCAGCAAGUUUCUUGUCAUCCUAGGCACGGCGGCCAGUGAAAUGGCUGCUCUGCGUCCAGUUAGCGAUUCCGGGCCGAUGAACGACCUUUUGAAGGCCCUUGUGAGCAUUGCACGAGAACGCUCUGCUCGUGUGGCUUGCUCUGCCUGGAGUAAAGAUGCCGAGAUCUGCAAGAUGCUAGAGGAUUGGACUCGUGACUCGGAGAAGAGAGACCUGACGAAAAUGCCAGGCUUAUUUGUAGCUUUCGAAAGCGCUAUCCUGACUGGCAUGCAGAAGAUCCUGUAUAUCUCCGAGGCCAUGUCGAAGUCUGGUUCCAUUGAUGUUGUUACCCAGCCGCCAGCCAAGCUUCUUCAGAUGGUUCGCGCCCAGUUUGUUUCAAGUGUUUACAAGGCACUUAGUGGGUUGGUCGAAAAUGCAGAGCGUCCCACGGCCUCUGAUGAAGGAAAUGAAUGGGUCAUUUCCAGGCCGGUUAUGACGAGCCAAGCUAUUGACGCCGCUUUGUCCGUGCUUGCCGCCGAUUCUGUCGAUUCCUGCAAUCGGAAUGUACGCAUUCUACUGACUUUGUCCAAUCUAAAAGCUUUGCAAGCCGAAUAUGUCCCACAACUGAUUGCCAACUUCGAGACUGCAUUCUCCGUCAAAUUGACUGAAGAAAGCAAGACUGUUCGAGAUGUGCUCAAACAGAUCGAAGAUCGGCUGUUCGAAUCUUACACCAAGCCCACCAUUGCCACUCUCGAUGAGACCAUCAGCACUGGUAUAGCAGCUGCGGACUGGGUCCCAGUGACUGAUCGACCUGAUCAGGUUCGACCUUAUGUAUACAAUACCAUGCUGACACUGGUGCUGGUGCACACGGAGAUUUCGACCACUAUCCCAUCUACUGUAUCUCCAAGUUCUAGUCGUUCCUCACCCAACACUCCAUCAUCACUGCUUGUUACUGUGCUCACGUAUCUCUUGUCACAAGUUUCUUCAUCGCUGCUCUCGGCCUUCCGCUCUCGGUCUUCUUUCACCCUGGCGGGCCUGAUGCAGGCUACUUUGGAUACUGAGUUCAUAGCACAAACCUUGUCCCAAUAUUCUACUGAGGACGCUUCUGGCAUCCAAAGCCAGAUUUAUGUGGAGUUGGACCGUCGGACUACAAAUGAAGCUCGUACCAAACUCCAGGCGGAAUUGAGUGAGAUGCGAGUUGUGCUGAAACGGUUGCGAGACCGCACAAAGGGAGAAUUUGCCUGCUUCAAGAAACCUCGCAGCGGAGCAAACAAGCCCCCGGUCUCUGCAUAG